AUGGAUUUUAGGGAACUGCGCUUCGCCCGUGCAAUGGAGUUCACCAUCCACGAGAUCAACAACAGAACAGACCUUCUUCCGGGCAUCACAUUAGGAUACCAGAUACAUGAUUCGUGCUCCACUGUGCCUAUGGCAAUUAAAGUUGCAUUUCAGCUUGCAAAUGGUUUGGAGCCGGUGUUCAACUACACUGAUCUCUGCUCAAAAUCUGCAGAUGCCGCUGUAACAGCUGUCAUAGGAGAUUCUGCUUCCACACAGUCAAUCAGCAUAGCCAGAGUGCUCGGUCUUUUUGGAAUUCCACAGGUGAGUCACUAUGCGACCUGCUCAUGUCUGAGUGAUAAGAAUCAGUACCCUGCGUUCUUUAGGACCAUACCUAGUGACCAACACCAAGCAGCUGCACUGGCAAGAAUGGUCAAGCAUUUUGGCUGGACAUGGAUUGGAGCAGUGCGCAGCGACACAGAUUAUGGAAAUUACGGAAUGGCAUCAUUCCUAAAGGCUGCGCAAACGGAGGGGAUCUGUGUGGAGUACUCCGAGGCCUACUACAGGACACAGCCGCAAAGUAAACUGGAGCGAGUGGCAAACGUGAUCCGCAGAUCAACAGCCCGGGUUAUAGUAGCGUUUAUGCAAUCAGGCGACAUGAGGCUUCUUUUAGAAGAGCUAUCACGACAGCCACCACCUCCACUUCAGUGGAUUGGAAGUGAAACGUGGAUCACUGAUCCUGAUUUUCUGCGGUAUAACAUGUGCGCCGGCGCAAUAGGAUUUGGCGUUCCCCGGUCGGAUAUUCCUGGCCUUCGUGAGUUUCUUUUGGCUCUAACUCCAGCUAAAGCAUCGGAAUCGGCCCUAUUAACAGAAUUUUGGGAAAGCUCGUUCAGCUGUUACCUUAAAGGGACAAUAGCCAACACAGAGAGCGCACGAAAAUGUGAUGGCAGUGAGGACAUGCACACGCUGCAAAACCCAUAUUCAGACACGUCUCAGUUGCGCAUCACUAACAUGGUGUACAAAGCAACAUAUGCCAUAGCGCACGCCAUCCACGGACUUAUUUGUAAUGACACACUGUGCAACAAGAAUAUAAAAUUUUCACCAUGGCAGAUAUUUGACCAGCUCAGAAAAGUAAACUUCACUACAAGAAAUGGAUUUCAGGUCUCAUUUGAUUCUAAUGGAGAUCCUCCAGCUGUCUAUGAACUCAUAAACUGGCAGUUUAAGGAGGAUGGUGCUUUGAAUUUUAUCACAGUAGGCCAGUAUGACUCAUUCAGACCAAGAGGACAGGAGUUCAGAAUGAGCAGAAAUAUCAGCUGGGUUGGAGGGCAGAAUGAGGUGCCAGUGUCUGUGUGCAGUGAGAGCUGUCCUCCAGGAUCCAGGAAAGCUGUACAGAAACAAAGGCCUGUUUGCUGUUUUGAUUGUAUACCAUGCGCUGAAGGAGAGAUCAGUAACAAGACAGACUCUUUGGAUUGUUUGCAUUGUCUUCCUGAGUUUUGGCCCAAUGCCAAGCAAGACAGCUGCCUCCCAAAGCCUGUUGAGUUCUUGUCUUGGGAUGAAACUCUGGGCAUCAUCCUGACCGUGUUCUCCAUCGCUGGGGCCUUCAUGGCCGUGUGUGUGGCUGCUGUCUUUUACAAGCACAGGGCCUCUCCUAUUGUAAGGGCCAACAAUUCUGAACUGAGCUUUCUGCUGCUCUUUUCUCUGACUUUGUGUUUUCUUUGUUCACUUACUUUCAUUGGUCGACCCUCUGAGUGGUCCUGUAUGCUGCGCCACACAGCGUUUGGAGUCACCUUUGUCCUCUGCAUCUCCUGUGUACUGGGGAAAACAUUAGUUGUGUUAAUGGCAUUCAGGGCUACACUUCCAGGCAGUAAUGUCAUGAAAUGGUUUGGACCUCCACAACAAAGAUUCAGUGUGAUUUCUUUUACUCUCAUACAAGUCCUUAUUUGCGUGGUUUGGUUAAAAAUAUCACCUCCUUUCCCUUUCAAAAAUCUAAAACACUACAAGGAAAGAAUUAUCUUGGAAUGUGGCUUAGGUUCAGCUAUAGGAUUCUGGGCUGUACUGGGAUAUAUAGGAGUCCUAGCACUUUUGUGUUUUAUUUUAGCAUUUCUAGCUCGGAAGCUGCCUGAUAACUUUAAUGAAGCCAAAUUCAUUACAUUCAGCAUGCUCAUAUUCUGUGCUGUGUGGAUCACCUUUAUUCCCGCUUAUGUCAGCUCUCCUGGAAAGUUCACUGUAGCUGUUGAAAUAUUUGCUAUUUUGGCUUCAAGCUUUGGUCUGAUUAUUUGUAUUUUUGCUCCAAAAUGUUUUAUAAUUGUUUUCAAGCCAGAUCAGAAUACCAAGAAGCACCUUAUGGGUAAAGUGCCUUCUAAGGCUCUUUGAAGCCCUUACAUAACAUUUAAUUAUGAUGGAAACACAUGGAAAUCUUAUAGAAUUUUUGCUGAAAUAAAACAUACUUAACCACAGCAAUGUAUGUAAGAAUUUUCACCAUGUUGAAAAUGAAAAUAUCAAAUAAACUUUAA